GUCUAUGAGGGAAUAGCUGAGUCUGUUGAGUGCUUUCUGGGAUUUUUGGCUCUUGUGGCCCGGCCUUCUAUCUGUGCUGCUCCGGCCCCGCUAUGCCACAGUACCAGACUUGGGAGGAGUUCAGCCGAGCGGCCGAGAAGCUCUACCUCGCCGACCCCAUGAAGGCACGAGUGGUUCUCAAAUAUAGGCACUCAGAUGGGAAUCUGUGUAUCAAAGUAACAGAUGAUUUAGUUUGUCUGGUAUACAGGACAGACCAGGCUCAAGAUGUAAAAAAGAUCGAGAAAUUCCAUAGUCAACUAAUGCGACUUAUGGUAGCUAAGGAAUCCCGAAGUGCUGCCAUGGAAACAGAUUGAAUGGUUUGACGUGAAAGCUCUGGUGGUCACGUUUUUAAGGAAGAAAAUAUCACUUGAAUUCAAGAAAAUGUUGGGACAGAAGAGGCUUUAUAUAACUCAUUGGGCCCUUUAAAAGCCUGAGUGCAUUUUUUUCCUGUGUAGCUUAAAAAAAAAUUCUAACUUCAGAUAGCUAUAAAUGUAUAUGCUUUCAGUUGAAAGCUUCUAUUUAUUUUUGAAAUUUAAAACAUGCUGAAAAGUUUUUACAGGUUAUUUGAUGUUGGGCAGAAUUUGUAAAUAUGAUCUCUUGUAAAUUUGUAGCACUAAUUUGAAAAGGAGAGAUUGGCCAUGUUCUGUGAAAUGCAUCUGGCCUUUAAAGAAAAUUAAAUAUUGUUUAGUUUGCUUUUCAACUUUAACAUAGAAUUUAAGGUCUUUUUUUAUUGAAUAUAUUUCUCUACAGGUAUAAUUUUAUCUGGCAAACCAUAUUUCUGACCAAUAAAUAUAAGACAUACUAACUGAAAUGAAUUUUGCGCCAUAAUGAAGGUAAUUAUUUGUAGAAAUGUUACAUAUCUUUUUUGAAGCCAUACCUAAAAUAUAGGUGUGCUUUCAGAUUUAGACUUUGGUUUUUUUUUUUUACCCUAAAAGAUUCCAUUAUCUCAUUGAACUUUAAUUUUAAAAAAGAGUAUAACUUUUGAAUCCAGUUGUCAGUGAUCAGAAACUAUCAGGCUGACUUUUUUCAUAGAUGAAUAUGAGAGACCAAUAUCCACCAAAGGACUAAAAAUUGUCAAUAUAGAAGUCUGUUAUACAUGAGUCCUUUAUAGAAAGUUUCUCAGAGGGCUGAGGACUAAUUGAGCUAUUUUUAUCUAUGCAUAACCUAUUUGUACCCCUUUUUCUGCUUUUGUUAAUUCUUAGUAGUAAUGAAGGUGCUAAAAACAGCUGGUUUAAUUAUUGUGAUGGCUAACAAACUUAAGUAUAUCAUUAAGGACUGAUAAUUUUUUUUUAUAUUUGUAACUUAUAUUGUUACCACUUGUUCAGGGUCACACAGCCAAUCUUUGUCAGAAGCAGAAUCUGAAACCAGUCUUCCUCAACUCUCAAGCCAUCUCUAUUUUACAAAUCAUUUAAAGUUUCAAUGUCCUCAGAUAUCUCUCUGAGAAUCCUUUCCAGAGCCAGAUGCUGAUCGACAUAGAGGGAACUCUUUAUUCUAUUGAAAUCACAGGUGUACCCUUUCUACACCUUGCUCCCACCCCCCA